AUGUCGCUGCCGCCUUUUGCACCAAUUCCACCGGCCACCGUCCGCAUCAGCUUGGGACCUGAAGAGUGGGAAGCAUGUCUGGACGCCUGGUUGACGCUCUCUGAAAUGGCCCUGCGAGUUACAGUCUCCGAAAUCAACUCAAUAACAGGCAUUGAUGGAUCUCUGUCAACGUACCUGGUCUCGUUCUAUUCCGAAAUCUCAGACCUCAAACAGAGCGACGCCACGCUGAGAAACGCUAAGACCGUGUCCAUCCUCAAAGUCAACUUCCGACUUGUGAAGCGAAUAUGGAUAGAGUCGGAUGCAGUACCACCAUCGCUCCUCAGUUUCGACGUUUUGUCGAAGUUCUGCCAUGCGCAUACUCGAGUGCCAGACCUCCCAGUUACACAGCAGCUCUUGAGUGAGCUAUGGAAGCGGAGAUCAAGCGCCUUCACCCUUGUCCUGCAGAAACAGAAAGACGCCAUGAUUCUUUCACUCGAUUCGAAGAACACCGAUAGCGUCAUGAAGCCACUCACUCAAUUGGCUCCACUGAUGCAUAUGUCGUUUGACAUUAGUGCCUUUUUCAUGACCGGCUCGGACUUCAUAGAUUCCCUCAACUCAGCAUAUGAUCGCAGUCCGAUCGAUGAUCAGAGGAAGGCGAUAUCGAUGAUUGUAUAUCUUGGUCUGUUGUCUCUUGUGAAGACGGAGCCGCCGACGCUUUCACUUCUGUCCGACCACCUUUACUCCUUGAAGAGCUCAGCUGAGAAAUCUCCGGGCUCGCUGUUGCUGGCAGAUGUCAUCUCAAACAGUCAGCUUGUUUCGAAAGUCCGACAAUCACUGUCUGGCAGGGCACCAGAUAGACUUUCAAAGCUGCUCGACUCGCUUGACACCUACCGUACCCCCAGUCUGACCAGACCAAAGAAACGCAAGAGAAGAGCGGCGUCGAGGGCCAAGGGCAAACAGAAGCAGCAGCAGCCAGAUGCUGCCCUUCACAUGCAUCGCAUGAGUCUCGUCACUCAAAUUCAAGAUCUUUUCCCAGACCUCGGCUCGGGAUUCGUGCUCAAGUUGCUUGACGAGUACAACGACGAUGUCGAACAAGCCACGGCACAUCUGUUGGAAGACAGCCUCCCACCACAUUUGGCUUCACUUGACAGGACUGAACAAGCACCUGUGCAUGACAAUGACUGGCAAACUGAGGUCGACCACCUUGCGCCUAAACCAACACCUCCCCUAACUGCGUCUUUCGUUCCAGAACGACGCAAUGUCUUCGACGACGAUGAGCUUGAUCAACUGCAGCUCGGCACGAGUCGUUUGCACAUUGGCAAACAGGACAGAAACGAAGACGCUGAGCAGCAGCCGAAUAAAGCCGCCAUCCUGUCAGCCCUUGCUGCAUUCGACUCUGAUGAUGAUGAGAGAGACGAUACCUAUGAUGUUGAAGAUGUUGGCGGCACAGUCGAUAACGCACAUCCUGAUGGUGAACCAGGGCCUGCUGCCAGAAUCUCACAAGAAGAGAACGACAUGGCACUCUUCACAGCGUACAAGUCUUCGCCUGAGCUCUUCGGUCGAACAUUUGAUGUGAGGAGGGGCCAAGCACGGCAAGCCCUGAAGGCCGAGACAGGGAUGACGGACGAAGCCAUCGAAGGCUGGGCGAUCAUGCUGCAGCGAGAUCCAAAACGGCUCAAGCGACUUGAGGCUCAGACGGGCGCUUUCGACGGCAGGCAGACGGAGCUCGCUAGCACUUCGUACCGCGAGAGUCCAGGUGGCACCGAGACCGAAGACUCAGAUGCACCUCAAGGCAGCAGAGGUGGCUUCCAUGGCAGAGGACGAGGUCGAGGCGGCAGAGGUCGUGGUCGAGGUGGCAACGUCGCUGGUGAAUCCAAUGACCCGGCUACUGCGCAAGCACAGCGACGCAAGGAGGCGAAUAAGAGCAGCAGAGCCAACCAUAACCGCCGGGAUCAACGAGCUCGCAAGAUGGCUCGCGGUGGCUUCCCAGGGUAA